GACGACCUGCGCCAGGACGCCGUCAUGCAGCAGUUCUUCUGGCUGGUCAACCAGUUCCUGGCGGAGCAGCCGCGCACGCAGCGCCGCUCCCUCUUCAUUCGCACAUACAAGGUGGUCCCCUUCAGCCCCUCCUCUGGCCUGCUGGAGUGGGUGGAGCACACGCUGCCGCUGGCCGACUACCUGCUGGGGGCCAGCCGCACGGGGGGCGCGCACGCGCGCUACAGGCGCCCCGCGGACCUCACCUGGUACGAGUGCUAUACAAAGCUGGUGAAGGGCGCCCAGGCCCACGCCACCCCCGCCCAGCUGCGCGCCGCAUACGACGAGGUGUGCGCCCGCUUCCCGCCCGCCAUGCACCACUUCUUCCUGGAGAGCUUCAGGGACCCGGGCACCUGGUUUGAGCGGCGCCUGGCCUACACCCGCAGCAUGGCGGUGAACAGCAUGGCGGGGCACGUGAUUGGGCUGGGCGACCGCCACCUGCAGAACAUCCUGCUGGACACGCGCACAGCUGAUGCGGUGCACAUCGACCUGGGCAUCGCCUUUGAGCAGGGCCGCUUCUUGAACACCCCUGAGCUGGUGCCCUUCCGCCUGACGCGGGAUGUGGUGGAUGGCAUGGGCGUGACGGGUGUGGAGGAAGUCAUGCGGCGGUGCUGCGAGGAGACGCUGAGGGUGCUGCGGGCCAGCAAGGAGUCCAUCCUGACUGUGAUCGAGGUCUUCAUUCACGACCCCCUCUACAAGUGGGCCCUCACAACCACGGCGGCAGCGCGCCGACAGUACGACGCGGGCGCCGAGGAGGUGCGCGCAGGCGUGGGCGCCGGCUGCUGCUGCUCCCGCGGGUGCCUACGGGUGGGCCUGGCCAAUGCCGACGCCGAGCGCACGCUGCUGCGCAUCAAGCAGAAGCUGGAGGGGGUGGAGGCAGGCGAGGGCGAGGCGCGGGGUGUGGAGGGGCAGGUGCAGCAGCUGCUGCAGGAUGCGCAGGACCACGACAAGCUGUGCCGCAUGUAUGUGGGCUGGCAGGCAUGGUGCUAG